AAGGACUGAAGCACAGAAAUUAAGUGCACAGAGGCAGGAAUUAUCUUCCCAGGUCCAAACUCUCACAAAGGAUAUCAAUCGACUGCAAACCGAGAAUAAGCAAGUAGCUGCCAUGAAGGCUGACAUUGAUAAGAUGCGCAAAGAGCUGGUUGAUGCUAGGAGAGUAUAUGAAUAUGAGAAGAAAGGAAACGAAGAGUUGCUGGAACAAAAUCGAGCAAUGGAGAAGAACCUUAUCGCCAUGGCUCGAGAAAUAGAGAAGCUACGUGCAGACCAAGCAAGUGCCGAGAGGAGGGCAAGGGGUGUUGGAGGAUAUGGAAUGCUUAAUGGAAGCCCAGAAACAAGAUAUCCAGGCCCAUAUGGUGAUGUAUAUGGAGCUGGCCCUUGGGGAUCAUAUGAUAAACGUGGUCCUCCACGACGUUAAUCAACGGUAGUGAAGCACCAUUGCUAAAUGGAAGCCCAGAAACAAGAUAUCCACCUCCAUAUUAUGAUGUAUCUGGAGCUGGCCCUUGGGGAUCAUAUGAUAAACGUGGUUCUCCACAACUUUAAUCUAUGGUAGUGAAGCACCAUCACUCACAUCUCUUUGAAUGUAGGAAAAAAUGAUCAGUGUGUCUUUCCCAUUAUCUUACAUUACUUGAUCAGCUUGUACUUUUAUGUAUUCUCUAUGUCACACCUGAA